AUGAUCGACCAAUCACAUCAUCGCAUUUGUCGACAUGUCAUUCCAGAACGACAUCUCCAGGAUUCCAUUUCACCUCACUUCCAACAUCGAUAUACAAAGAUGGCAGGCAAAUUCGAGCCGAAGCACAAAGUCGACUUGGACCCACCCAAGGACGACAUCAUCAGCGUGGACCAUCUUGCCAAAUGUGAUGGAAAGCACGAAGGCUUUCCGACGUAUGUUGCGAUCAAGGGAACGAUCUUUGAUGUUACUGGGAAUAAGGCGUAUGGGCCGGAGGGGAGUUAUAAAGUGUUCGCCGGCAGAGACGCGUCUCGAGCUCUAGCACAAUCCUCCCUCAAAGACGAGGAGUGUCGGCCAGAUUGGUACGAUCUAUCACCCGAGCACAAGAAAGUCCUGAAUGAUUGGUACACUUUCUUCAGCAAGCGGUACAACAUCAAGGGAAAAGUUGAGGGCGCACAGAACACUGGCGAGGACCAGCCAGAAGAAGAGAAGCUGUGA